GGCGGGCCUUUCAAGGGAAAGGGAAGCGGAAGGGGCGGGGCAGCAACGGCGGCGGCGACUGGCUGUGGAGGAGAGGGAGAGCGAGCCUGGCUCUCCGCCCCCCUCCCACCCCCUCCGCCUUCUCCUCAGUGGCGCCCCGGGAAAUAUGUCGGAGGGAGUGGACCUCAUAGACAUCUACGCCGACGAGGAGUUCAACCAGGACUCUGAAUUUAGUAAUGCUGACCAGAUGGAUUUAUAUGACGACGUGCUAGCUGCCAGCUCACAGCCUUCUGAAAGUUGCACUAGCAGCUCUGAGCCACCCCCUGAAAACCGCCAAGAACAGUCUCCCAAGCCAAAUAGCAAAUCACCUGCCAUCCUGUACACUUACAGUGGACUACGCAAUAAGAGAGCUGCUGUUUAUGUGGGCAGCUUCUCUUGGUGGACGACUGACCAGCAGCUGACCCGAAUUAUCCGCUCUAUCGGUGUCUUUGAUGUGGUGGAGCUCAAGUUUGCUGAGAACAGAGCUAAUGGCCAGUCCAAAGGGUAUGCAGAAGUGGUGGUUGCUUCUGAAAAUUCUGUCCAUAAACUUCUGGAGCUGCUACCAGGGAAGAUUCUCAAUGGAGAUAAGAUGGAAGUGAAGUUGGCUACUCGACAGAAUCUUGCACAGUUUGAGGCACAGGCUCGAAAACGGGUGCCGCCGAGGGCUCACUCAAGGGAUUCUUCAGACUCAGUAGAUGGCCGAGCCACUCCAACAGAGAAUGCUGUGCCUCCCCCACGCAUUGAGAAGCCUCCUUCUGUUUUGCCUUUCUUCAACCGCCCUCCUUCUGCACUUCCACUCAUGGGGCUACCACCUCCACCAAUACCACCCCCUCCACCACUUUCCUCUAGUUUUGGAGUCCCUCCUCCCCCACCAGGAAUCCACUAUCAACAUCUAAUGCCUCCUCCCCCUCGACUUCCCCCCCAUCUCACUGUGCCUCCCCCUGGGGCAGUACCACCCGCGCUGCACCUCAACCCAGCCUUCUUUCCACCACCAAAUGCAUCACUAGGUCCUCCACCAGAUGCAUAUACCAAGGCCUCUGCACCAUAUAACCACAGCAGCCGGGAAUUGGGCCCAUUGCCACCUCCUGUCAGUGAAGCUGAAUUUGAAGAUAUCAUGAACAGGAACCGAGCAAUUUCCAGCAGUGCCAUUUCCAAAGCUGUGUCUGGUGCCAGUGCAGGGGAUUACAGUGAUGCCAUUGAGACCCUGCUGACAGCUAUUGCUGUGAUCAAACAGUCGCGUGUAGCAAAUGAUGAGCGAUGUCGAGUCCUUAUCUCUUCCCUCAAGGAUUGUCUUCAUGGCAUUGAAGCCAAGUCUUACAGCAUGGGUGGCAGCAGCAGCAGCAGCAGUUCCUCCAGAAAAAGACACCGGUCUCGGGAUAGAUCACCCAGUCGUUCCCGUGAGAGCAGUAGGAGGCACCGAGAUGUGGUCCACAAUGAAGAUCGACAUGAAGACUAUUUUCCGGAAAGAAGCCGGGAGCAUGAGAGACACAGAGACAGGGACAGAGAACGAGACCGGCAUCACUGAGAGAAAACCUUGGGAAGCAUUCAGUGUUUUUAUGGACUCGUUAUCUCCUCUCCUUAAUCAAGACUAAAGAAUGGAGGCUUCUCCACCCACUCCUUCCCACUGCCCUCUAUGCUUUCCAGACCCCUUGGAAGUGACUUUGCCUGCAGAACUCCAUCUGGCACAUUGUGGCACUGAGCUCUGCCUAUGUUUUCUGCUGCUUGAUGGAGAAACUCUGAAUGACUUGGAGUGAGUUUGGGAGGGGUUGUCUGAGCCACUGUGACCAGGGGGCCACAUUAGUCCAUGGAUUUUUGGACCCAAAGAGAAUGGUGCUUUCCACAGAGGUCUCCCACCUCUUUCCUUACCAUGGCUUUUCUAGGAGCACCUGGGGAGGAACCCAUCCAACUUGUCUCCUGUAGGAAGAACUGGUGCUUCAGCACAGCACAAGGUGUAUGACCAUAGUCUCACUGGAGCUCGUGUCCACAGUCCACACUUUGUUGUCUUCUCAGGCACCAAGGCAUCCAGUCCUCCUGAAGUCUCAACCUUUUUCCAAAACAGCUUUCAAUCUUGUCAUCUAGCACCAUUGUGUACAGCUUAGAAAACAGUAUUCCCCCCCCCCCUUCUGGGAUGGAGGACAGGCUGGCCUCCAUCUCUCUUAUCCUCCUUUCCUUACUUAGUUCCUGAACACUAUCGUAUCCAAGGUACCUGGCUGUCUCUAGAUGGACCUGUAUUAGUCAAACUUCCCACAAUGUGGAGUUCCCCUUAAAAGAUAAGUCAAACCCUGACUAAUACAGGUCCGCUAUCCACAGAUGAUUUGCUAACAGAUUCCUCAUUUUGUUUCAUACAAUAGCUGCUCCAGUUGCAACUUCUUACAUAAUCUUUUUGUUUCCAGGCACAGCCCUUGCAGAAUGCUACCUUCCUUGUUGUAAAGGAAGUGCAGAUACCUGGCUGAUGCAGUAGCAUGGAAUGGGAUCUAAGUCAAGCUGGGGGCUUUCUAGACGUUCUUGAUUAUAGUACACCUUGAGCAAUUUUAAAUUCUAUGUGAUGUAUGUGUUGAUUUCAGGUCCAGAUGUUUCCUCACACCAUCCUCAUCUUACACUGAAUUCAUUACAAAGGGAUCCGCCCAUGAAUUUGCUUCAGAUGGCACCAUAGUUCACUGAUUUUUGGCAUCCCAGUCUACAGUUUGAGGCACUGAAAAACCUCUGUUCACAUCACCUUGUGUAACUGUGUGAUGUGACAUAAACAUAACUAGGUUUUCUGGAGUCACUCAGUCUUUGAGUCAGCAAACUUUUUCAGGCCAGUGGCAUAAAACUCUACAUAAGGAGUAUUAUGGAAUAAAAAUGGCUACAGAGUUCUGAUUAAGCUGUCAUCUCUGAAAUUUAACCCUUGAAGGUGGGAUGUUUUCAGCUUUCAGUGCUCCAUCCUAGACUGAGUACCACAGUUACUUCAGAUAACAUACUGUAUCCUGGAACAUGUAGUCUCCAGCACCUGGAUCUUUUUUAAUGAGGUCUAGCAUCUCUUACAUUCAUGAACACUCAGUGUGGUUGUUCAGCUGCAUGGUGAACCACCCCUCAUAAAAGGAUCCUGUCUUGUCUCAUUGAAGUUGUGUGGCCUAAAGAAGGAUGGGUGGUGUUUAGCAAAGGAUGUCACCAUGUGAUGCGGUACCUCCUUUUGUACUCUUGAUCAAAGAGGUAUUCAGCUUGAUGUUUGUUUUUUAAAAAAGAAAAAAACCUUUAUGUAGAAAAAUGGAGUGGCAGCUUAAAUUGUAAAGCAUAAAACCUGGAUUGGAAAUGUUGCUUUUUACAUAAUGGGACAUUUUUAGUUUGUUUUGAAAUAAUGGAAACAAAAAAGAAAGGAAUAAAUGACAGAUGCAUAGCCUUGGUUUCCCCUUGACUCUUCCACCCCUGUUCUUUGUGAUUUGAUUUGUUUGUCUUUUUCUGAUAGGUUGGAAAUUGUGUAAUAAACUUGAUGAUAUUGUCAAUCUUUUAUACUGCAUUGUAUUUUUUUUUUCUUUUUGUAACAUUUAAAUGGGGGCAGGGUGAGUUGUUUUAUAGAAUCGCCACUAGAUAUGAUUUUGGGGUGGGUGAGUAAUGUGAUCUAGACUUGGCAUUGGAUAAAUAAGAUAGAUUUUGGCUGGGUUGUUAGCCCUUGUACAACCAUCCCUUUAUGUAAAGCUAAACUAGUUCAAAACCCACUUUAUGUACAGAAAUUAAAAUGCCUUUUUAAAAGCUUAA